AUGGAAGCAACGUUUCGCAGUGCCGUGCUCGGCCAGCCCGAGAUUGCAUCGAUGGUGCUUGCGUUUCAGGGCGGCGUCUACGAGGACGUGCGCCGAGCCAUGUCUGCUUGCAACGAGCUCGUCGAGUUUGACGCCGCACGAGGCUCGUACGAGUGCGACGUGUCGUUUGGCUCGGCCUUUGCGCCAAACGUAUCGUGGCCUCGAGACUGCCACAUCUUUGGCUUUGACACGUAUGCGCUCCGCAGGCGCCAGCGCGACGCUCGCCUCCCGCUGCAUCUGGCCAUUGCCCUAGGCUUUGUGCCGCUGACCAAGCGCCUUCUACGUUGCCGUCCGGACCUCGGGUCGGAGGACGCCAUUGUCUUGGCUUUUGUCAUGGACCGUCUCGAGAUUUGCGCAUACUUCCUGGAGCAGCGUGCGCACGUCCCAGAGGUCUACCAACGCGGCAUUCGUCGGCGUACUCUGGGCUCCGUGUGGUACGAGUUGUUUAGCUGCUAUUUGCGCCGAACGCUGGGACGGCAGGAUGCAACGGUCCUCGUGUUGCUGCAGCGUUUUGGCUUGCGCCCCGAGGACUUUGACGAGUACGACCGUCGCCGCGCCAUGCGUUGCGCGACGCUGGCGAACGCGACGGUGGUGCUCGACCUCUUUCCAUGGUUUGGCUAUCCGUGCAUCAUGAUUGACCUCGCGGCGCAGGGGUUUCUGCCACUCGUGCAAUCGCUCCACGAGCGCGGUGUCGCGUGCUCGACGUCGGCCAUGGACGAUGCAGCUACGUAUGGCCACCUCGACGUCGUCGUCUUUCUGCACGUGAACCGGACAGAAGGCUGCACUGUCUUUGCCCUGGACGGCGCUGCGGCCAACGGCCACCUGGACGUCGUUCGCUUUCUUCACUCGAACCGACGCGAGGGCUGCACCGUCAAGGCCAUGGAUGAGGCGGCGGCCAACGGUCAUUUGGAGGUCGUUCAGUUUCUCCACUUCAACCGAACCGAAGGCUGCACGUACAAGGCGCUUGACGGCGCCAUUACGAAAGGCCACCUUGACGUCGUCCGCUUCCUCAUUGAGCAGUGCAUCGUAGCCGCGUCGUUCAAUUCGCUGAGCAAUGCUGCCGCCAACGGACACCUCGCGAUCGUGGAGUACCUCCAUACUUUGAACUCGGCGGGUUGCCUCGUCGCCGCCAUCGACAAUGCCGCUUUGUAUGGUCAUUUCAGCGUAGUCAAGUACCUAGUGGCGCACUGUACCGAAGGCAGCAGCGGCGCUGUUGACUGCGCACUGGACUUCGGGCAUCUGCGCGUUGCCGAGUACUUCGUCUCGCGUGGCUACCCGAGCCCGACCUCGUCGCAGGUACUGUGGGAUCAAGCAACCUUCCAGACGUCCAACAUGGUCGACGUCCUUCGGUUUUUCCUCGACAAUGGCGGCUCGUGGAGCGCUACGUGGAUGGCGAGAGCCUCUGCGCUCAACAAUGUACCACUUGUGGCGUACCUCCAUGCGCACCCCAACACGCGCUGUGGGCCCGACGUUUUGGAAUCAGCGAUCCAAAACAAGGCGUGGGGCGUUGUGCACUUUCUCGCGGCCCACUGCACAGCGGAUGUAUCGCUCGAUGCGCUCAAGCAGGUGCUACGCGGUGGUCACCUCGAGGACGUGGCGCACAUUCUGCAGCGGCAGCCACAGCUCCGACACGAUGAGCUCCUUGUCGUGGCGUCCAGCAGCCACAACACCGAGGCGAUGCGCUUCCUCCUCGCUGCCAAGAUUGGUAAGCCGCGCAAGUGCCUCGUUGAAAUGGCCGGUCGUCGACAGUUUGUGACGGAGAGCAAGUUCUUGCUGCCGUACUGCAUGGAUGCGACCAACCACCUCGACAACAUUCGCUUUCUUCUCGACCUGCUCGCGCUUCCCGACCGCCGCCGUGCGACGAUCCUCCAGUUGAUCACAAAAGAGCUCCAAGAGCAAGGCAGAAUGGCCAGCCGAAGCCUCCAGCUGGCCCCCAGCGUGACGGCGCGUGCGUCAACGCUACGGAACGCUGGUGGUGUUGUGGACUGGGCGCUGGCGCUCGUCAUUUGUCAUCUCUGGGCAGCCGACGGGACGACGACACUUGAGCAACUUGAGAAGAAAGCAGCGUUGGUCCAGGACGCCGAGCUCCAGACGCAGCUUCGUGUCUUGCUCGCCUCCAAGCGCAAGCGCACUGGUCGCAAAAGCUAAGCAGUUGAAACAACACGAUUUCGU